AUGACAUCCAGCCCUGGCGUAUCCUUCUUUAUUGAAUUUCACGAGCUUGAUCCGCAUAAACAGAGGCAAUGCAUCUUUUAUACUCUCAAAGGGAAAAGAUGUCGUUACGACUGUAAAGAAGUAGACAACGAGCAGGCCAUCAACCUCUAUGAUCAAAUCAAUCGUUCGUCCGAUACUGAUCUUCCGAGCCUCGAAGUCCUUGAAGACUAUGCGAAGUACAACUGCUGUGGGCCAUUACCUAAAGGCGCUCGCCAUCAGAAUCGUAUCGAAGAUUUCGGUCUGUUAACGUCCUUGGCCGAGAGAUGGCUAGAUGAGAUCCAGCAGCGACGUUCGGCAAGCAGGGUGAUUACCCGUAGUUCAACUCCUCCGACUAAGGUUGAACAUACUAUCACUUCGCCAGGGGCUGUAAUCGCCCCAUUUGUUAGUCCUCUAACGACGACAUCUCCUUCCGAACUACCUACGAUCAUAGAGGCUCAACGCUCCAUCUCAACCGCAGCUGAAUUUGUUGCCGGCCUACCACCCAACGGGCAUUCGCAGAACAUUAAGAACGAAUCGCACUUACAGGAAACUGAACCACGCUAUGAUCUCCGACGUCGCAAUGAUCUUGGGGAUAAAGACACAGGCAUACCCAGCUCCAACUCAAGACCUCGGGCACCACUUUCAACUUUCCGUCCCCACGUUGAGGAGCCCGAGGAGAAUGUAAUGACCAAGAUUCUGAGUCCUCUUGUGAAAGACCGCUUCGCGAGAGACUUCAAGACGGGCUCCCUGUACAUCUUCACUAGGACUUCUUCCCCAGGCUAUGUCAAGAUUGGCUGGACCUCGCGGGAAGUCGAGCGCCGUCUUGAAAGCUGGUCCAGAUGCGGUUACGAGCCCAAUCUAGUGUUUAGCGUUCACAAUGUUCCCUACGCCCAGAGAGCGGAGACUCUGACACACUAUGAGUUGGCCGCGGAGUGGCGUGCAGAGCGAAGAUGUGAAGGGUGCAACAAGAGUCACAGGGAAUGGUUCGAAGUCAGUCAAGAGAGAGCCACCCAGGUGGUGGCAGACUGGGCAGAGUUCAUGAAAUCAGCAACAAUAUACGACGCGAGUGGUGUGAUCGAGAACAAUUGGAGGGACACAAUCGAGAAAAUGAGCAAAACGGACCAGCCAAUCACUGCGAAUAACUUACUGGAGAAGUACAAGGCAUCUAUACUUGCAAAGACGACAUUGAGAGUGCCAAUUGAAGAGGACGAUGCACUCGAGGCUGAAGUUUCUCAAAGCGAAACGCCUGCUAGCUCGGAAAGAGAUCUAGGCACUUUCGAGCUAUCGAGCUUAAACCAGGCAUUGCCAAUGUUGAAUGAACGUUUCCAAGUUGGGCUAAAUCUUGAACUGCCCAAGACUUCCACGCUUGAGCCUCAGAUAUCUAAAGUCCUCUCGUCAUCGCCGCCUACUCAGCCUCGCACGCCCGAACAACAUUGGGAACCACAUUCUAUUAUCCAGGCCGAGCGGAAGUUCCUGGAGCACGAGGAUCCGAUCAUCAAGGGAGGUCCAAGUUGGUACCGAGUUCAACUUCUCCUUCCAAACACCACUGGCAACGAAACCGGCUUCGAACUUUCUAACUCCACCGUCAACCCCUUCGCCACAGCGGACGGCUGUAAGCUCGGGAAAGUCAAGUUUCAAUACCAAGGCCAGAUCCAAUUUAUUCCAGCAGCAGGGGCAAAAUACUUUCUCGCCGAGCAUGGAAAUAAACCAACCAAAGGCCAAGUUUGA